UUUUUCUUAAUAAAUGAACUCUUUCCCUUCAUUGCAACUCGUUUAAUCUUUGAUCUCUUAAUGGCUGAACUUACAAUCAAAUUCCAUCGAAAACUAAUUGGUUUCAUACAAGAUUUAGACCUCAAAUCCAUAAAACUAAGCCAUGCAUCUUUAUAUCUACUCCUCAUUCAUCUCACUCUCUCUAUCCUUCACUUCAAACUCCACCAUUUUUGGAUCAUCACCACCUUCUUGUUAGUUUCACAAAUUUACUUAGCAAAACGUUCAAGACCCACCUAUCUUGUCGACUUCACUUGCUUCAAACCCGAUGACAACCUUAAAAGGUCCACUCAAAGCAUCUUGGAAAGCUCACAAAAGAUGGGGGUGUUCAAUCAAGAUACAAUGUAUUUUCAAGAACGCGUCAUGAAUAGUUCUGGUUUAGGGGACGAGACAUACGUCCCCCCAGGGCCUGCGGCUCAGCCCCCACAACUAAAUUGGGAGGUAGCCAUGGCCGAGGCCAAGAUGGUCAUGUAUGGUGCCUUAGACUCUUUGUUUCAAAAGACGGGAAUUGCACCACAAGAUAUUGGUAUUUUGAUAGUGAAUUGCAGCGGAUUCAACCCUAACCCGUCUCUAACCUCCAUGAUAGUUAACCAUUACAAGCUCAAACCUGAUAUCGUGACAUACAACCUGAGCGGAAUGGGCUGCAGUGCGGGUCUUAUUUCUAUCAGCUUAGCUCAAACUCUUCUCCAGACUCACCACGACACGUACGCUGUUGUUUUGAGCAUUGAAGCCAUGUCCCUCUACUGGUACUUGGGAAAUGAUCGUUCCAUGAUAUUAGGAAACUGCCUUUUCCGGAUGGGUGGUGCUGCAAUAAUCCUCUCCAACAAGUAUAGUGAUCGAGCACGCUCCAAAUACGUGUUAGCCCAUAUGAUCAGAACCAAUAAAGCAUCUGACGAUGAAUGCUACAACAGCGUGCAGCAGAGAGAAGACGACAAGGGUAUUAUCGGAGUUUCACUUUCCCGGGACCUAAUGAGAGUUGCUGGAGACGCCCUAAAGACAAAUAUAACAACUUUAGGACCUUUAGUGUUACCCUUUUCUGAGCAAUUUUUAUUUUUUAUUACACUUGUGAAAAAGAAGAUACUGAGGAUGAAUGUGAAGCCAUACAUACCCAAUUUUAAGCUUGCUUUCGAGCAUUUUUGUGUACACGCUGGCGGUAAGGCGGUGCUGAAUGAGGUUCAGAAGAGUUUGAAUCUAACGGACCAGGAUAUGGAGCCAUCGAGGAUGACGUUGCACCGGUUUGGCAACACGUCAAGCAGUUCCUGUUGGUAUGAGUUGGGUUACAUGGAGGCUAAAGGUCGAGUUUCGAAAGGGGAUCGUGUUUGGCAGAUUGCAUUCGGGUCGGGUUUCAAGUGUAACAGUCUGGUUUGGACCGCUUUAAAGACUAUUCCACCAGGUGGCUUCAUGGGGGAAGCAUGGUUUGACUGCAUUGGUGGCUACCCGGUCAAGGUCCCUGUUAACUAGUUUAAGUUCCCGUGUGUUACAUGGGUUGUAUAAAGGAACUCGUGUAUUACUCGGCUUGAAUAAUAAAGAUGAUAUAA